AUGGCCAUGGAAGAGCUGCGUCGUGGGUUGUCCCGCUGGAAGCGAUACCACAUUAAGGUACACCUAGCCGAUGAGGCAUUGCUACUGCCACUGACCGUGCGGCCAUGCGACACACUGAGCGACCUGCGAGCACAGCUAGUGGGCCAGGGUGUGAGCUCUUGGCGCAGAACCUUCUACUACAACUCUAGGCCGCUGCCUGACCAUCAGACAGUUCGUGAGGCACGCCUGCAGGACGGCUCAGUAUUGCUUCUACUCAGCGACACCAGGUGA